UUCCUUCUAUUCUCCGGUGCUGUACCGUGGCAACGGCCGGGGCCUGGACUAGUGGUCUGCAUUGCCGGGGAGGGCGAUCUGAGCGGCCGAAGUCCCUGAGAGGAGUUGGCGCCUUUUUCGUUAUGCCGAGGAUGAGACAGAGGACCAAAGAGGGGAAGUGAUCUGUCCAGAGUCGCAGAAUAAUUGGUAUAGCUGGACAAAAAUUCACCCCUGUAGCUGCGGACAGCACAGAAGUCUAUCAUACUCUUAGGAAAGAGAGGGAGUCUAAGAUCUUUGCAGAUUAUCUUGUCGGAUAAAAAUGCCUAAAGUAAAAAGAAGCCGGAAAGCACCCCCAGAUGGCUGGGAGUUGAUCGAGCCAACACUGGAUGAGUUGGACCAAAAGAUGAGAGAAGCCGAAACAGAGCCCCAUGAAGGAAAGAGGAAGGUGGAGUCUCUGUGGCCCAUCUUCAGGAUCCACCACCAGAAAACCCGCUACAUCUUCGAUCUCUUUUACAAGCGCAAAGCCAUAAGCAGAGAACUCUACGAGUACUGCAUUAAAGAAGGCUAUGCAGACAAGAACCUGAUCGCAAAGUGGAAGAAGCAGGGCUAUGAGAACCUGUGCUGCCUGCGCUGUAUUCAGACCCGGGACACCAACUUUGGGACCAACUGCAUUUGCCGGGUUCCCAAAAGCAAGCUGGAAGUGGGUCGUAUCAUUGAGUGCACACACUGUGGCUGCCGGGGCUGCUCUGGCUGAGGCAAGGCCUGGAUGUUCUGUGCCCUGGACUCUGGACCUGCAGGUUCCUGCCGACCAUGCCCCUUCCUGGGAGCAGCUCUCGUCAGAGGAGUGCUCAGGCCCAAGUUGGAGCAUGGCCUCUACAGGUGAAGGCUUUGUGUUCACCAGCUGUGAUCUGUAACAAUAAAACCCUUA